CUGGUGUUGACCUAGUUAUUCGCGGGAAAGCGUGCAGUGCGUGUCGGUUUCCUCGGUGUGGUUGUUAGUGCAUAUGUCCAUGCAAGGAUAACCUCAGAUCAAGUUGGGAUAUGGGAUACGAGUGUGUGGUGUGUCUAUUUUAAUCGAUAGGCCUGUAUUACGGUCGUGAGUGUUCAGUGUGGAGAGUAGACGGGAUAGUCACCACCACCUCGGCGAUCGCUCGCUCGCUGUACGUAUAUAUCCCUCCAAGCCUCGCUAUAACGCUGGUUGUGUACCGCCGGUUGGGUAGGUUCACCCAGCAUUGUGAGAGCAGGCGGCACGCGGGUAGUGAAUCACCAUGGUAACGACAGAACUAGGGAUCAAGAUGCACCUGCACCACCAGACCACUUAAACGCGAUCAUCUGAAAGUCAGAAGGUAUUAGUGUGCUUGUACUUGUCUGGUGACCACGGAAGAAGCCGAAUUCACUAUACCGAGGAAAUCCGAAGUGGAUACCGAAUUCAGCCGACUCGUCAGACAACCCACCCGGCGUUAGGUGCCACUAUAGUUUUUAGAGUUCCACGUUAUGGUACACAGUGUAUUAUAGUAUUAAGUCCCACGCAGUUACGUUUGGUGUCGUCAUUGGGUAACGUGAACAGUUAUUACAAUAUCCCAGAUAACGUGGUGACCUUUAACCUUAACCAUGGUGUUCUGCAUGGCGUUCGGGUGUUCCAACAAAAACGAUGCUUACGAGAGGGGGGUCAGCUUCCACCGUCUGCCCUUAAACCAAGCAGCGUUGCUAGAACAGUGGUUGGUGUCUAUGAGGCUGGAAAACCCCCACGUGACCCAGCAUGCGCGGGUGUGCUCGGACCACUUCAGUCCAGGUUGUUACCUGCCGGACAAGAAACUCGACCUUGGCAUGGGAGGGAAGCGGAAACGCCUGCUUAAGCCGAAUGCUGUACCAACAUUGUUCGACUUUCAUAAAGUUACAAAAAUGAACAGCAGAAGUACGAAAAGGAUUCGAAUUGAGCACUUCGUGGGAGGCCGAGGCCCAACCCCCGAACACCCUGACCCUGUGCCCUUCAACCCCCUCAAUGCUGCCAGACCCGAAUCCAGUCGAUUCCAGGCCAACAUAGCCGGUUUCGGAGUUUCAGGGGAGCCCAGUGGAACGUCCAGUGUGGUGGAUCCCUCCGUGUCUAUCCAGGAAGUGAAGCCCCAUAUAGUCAACAGACUGGACCUUGACCUCGUUGGUCCCCCCAACUCUCUCCCACAUCCAGCUCCUGCACCAGCCAAUAGGAAUCCCAGCUACACCUUCAGACCAAGUUUUGCACAGCAAAGAAUCGCAAGAGCACAGCAGAUUCACCAUGGCAACUCGCAGGUGGCCUCCAGACCGGGGAUGCAGAGCCGACCCCCACAGGGGCUUCAGAGCCGUCCUCCACAGGGGAUGCAGAGUCGUCCUCCACAAGGGAUGCAGCCCCGGGCGAGGAUGCCUGCACCAUCUGCCACGGUCACAUCAGCUGCCCCGCCCCUCAAGCGACCCCGACUAGAGACUCAGCGGGCAGUGCCACAGACGAACAGACAGAUGGGUCAAGCCCCAGUUCAGAGACAGAACAUGUCAACAUUCGACCAAUCGCAUCGCAUGCCAGCACCUCGGUCUGUUGUACGAUCUCCACAGAGACCGAUUGGUGUCCAGCAAAUGUCGACCCAGCAAGCUCGGCCCAUGCAGCAUCGACAAGUGUCAAGGUCACCUCAGCGACAAAUAGCAAGGUCAAAACAGCAGAUUAGUCAGAGUAGGAAUUCAGAGCCAAAAUCUGACAGCACAGAGAGAGCAUUCCUCAACCCUGACCAUAGCUCUCACAUCAUGACAGAGUUGUCUGCCCUUUGGAAGUCCGGGAAGUUUGUGGACGCUGCCAUCAUGGUGGGAGGCAUGAAGUUACAGGCUCACCGCAUGGUGUUGUUUGCUGCCAGCCCCUACCUGCGUGCAUCCUUCGACCACCUCAACCCUGCCACCGAGCUGCGUCUCAAGAUGCCAUCGGACAUCAAGCUGGACAUCGUCUACCAGUUCCUCACCUACAUCUACGACGGCAUCCUCCGCUUGAAUCCGAACAACGCGUUCUCUCUUCUCAAGAUCUCUCUCAUGCUUCGCAUGGAACACCUGACAAUGUGUUGUCAGGAAUACAUGACAUACGCUGUCAAUUCCGGCACAAUUCCGCCAAUGGCAGUCAAGGAUGUCAAGUCUCCACUGCUGGUGCUGGUUGACCAGAAGGCUCAGGAAACUGGUCAGGGGAAAGCAGACAUGUGCACCCAGACCAUGUCCGAUUCCGAACCAAGUACCAUCCGGUCUCCUCCCAAGGUGGACUUUGACCGAGUCUUUGGCGAAGACGACCAUGCAACCUCUAGUUACCAUAGCAACCAAUUUGAUCAUAGCGUGCAGUCAGACAUGGACUUGUAUCAGAACUACGACCAGGGGCUUGGCGAUGGUGGGGGCGGGGGGCGGGUUGUACACACACAGGACGAUGGGGAUGCUAUGCCCAUGAUUAUUGUGAAGAACGAAUGUAUUGAUCCUGAAUAUGAAUUAAGCAUUAAUCCUCCACACCUCACCAGUCCCCCUCCUGACCUUGAUAACAUGAGUCCAGCAUCCAAUCAGAGUGAGCCCAGGUCUGACACCGAGCAGCACAUGAGCAGCCAGACCGACCCCCUUCCCGACACAGAUAUCAGCAGUCCCGCAGCCCAGGCUGGGGUCGAGGCCAUGCAGGUCGUCCCCGGCAUCGACCUUGAUGUGUCUUCUCCAGACACACCCGACCAUGACCUUGAACAAUCAACCAAUGGCAGUGUCCAUCAAUCACCACUCACAUCUACAUUUGACCAAUCACAAGUCGGCACUUCUGCAUUUGAUCAAUCACAAGUCAGCACAUCUGCAUUUGACCAAUCAACAUCCAGCACCUCCACAGAUCAACUUCAUUCAUUAGAACAAUCUUCAGUUUCUCAAAGUGAAACAAAUGGGACUCCUUCAUAUACAUUUACUAGUGAAAGCAAUAUUGCCGAGGGAUACGAGUCGUUCCCAGACAGGACUAGUGAUAAUUCUCACACGAACACUGAAGAUCAAACAUCAGCUUUCACUCAGUCAGCACCUGACCAAUCAUUGCCCCUCGUGGAGUCCGGUGACCAUGCGACGCCUCAGUUUGGCACGGAGGAAUUCCUCAGUUCUGACUUUGAUGUUCAGAUGUCAAAUGCCCCCAAAAGUGAACCUGAUGACCCAGUAUAGCAUCAAGUGUGACCUUGACAGGUGUGGAGUGAAACGGCCGUUGAUGAUAUGUCCAUCUACUAUGUCUGCUCCCUAAGUGUGUCAUCCUGAUGUGGUGGUACAAGGUGGUACAAAGUGUGGUACAGACAGUGCAGGGGUAUAAACACGUAGUUGACACACGCUGAGGGUAUAACGGUAUCGUAUCAUGCAUUUUAUGAUACAAGGAGCAAGGACGGGUCCAGCAUUUCUAGAAGGGAGGGGUCUGAUCCAGCAUUUUUCUCAGUCAAUUUUACUGUCUACAACAUACCAUG